AUCUAGUCAAUUUAUGGAAGUCUCCUCUCUUAUUGAAUAUGAUGCUAUUAUUAAAAAUACUCCUGUUAUUAGUGAAGACCAUAUCACUAUUACUUUGACUAUUAAAACAAAGGACUAUAUAGGCCAAGGCAAUGUGAAUCAAGAAUUUGAAUGCCAGCAUUUGUACCAAAAAUCUGUUAAUUUAAAAACUCUACCAAAUCUUUCUUGGCUAAAUAAACUAUCCAAGCUUACUGUAAGUGACUCUAAUAUAACUAUUGAUGCAACUCGAACUAUUGCUUUACGUGUUAAAGGUGAGAACAAACAUAAAAAAACUUCAGCAACUAAACUAUAUCUCAGACUAAAAAGUUAUCCAAAAAUCACUGAUCUUGCAAAAAAUAUAUUAAAUCAGAGCGCAAAUACACCAGAU